AUGAGGAUACAAAAUGGAUAUAAACGAUUAUCCGUCGCUAAUGGAACAACUAUUUUAACUGCAAAGCCUUUCGCUUAUGUUUUACAAUCUUUACAUCGUAGUGAAAAGUGCGAUCAUUGUUUACAAAGUGGAAAGCUCUUUAGAUGUUCUGGUUGUCAAUACGUUUACUACUGUAAUCGAUCUUGCCAACAAAGUUCUUGGUCCACGCAUAGAAAAGAAUGUGCAAAUUUAAAAAGAAUUUCACCAAAAGUUAUACCAGACAUGGCAAGGCUUAUGGCACGUAUUAUUAUAAAAUUAAAUCAAGGUGGAGGUGAAGAAAUAGGUUAUUAUAGUAAUACUAGUUACAGAAAAUUUAAGGAUUUAAUGUCCCAUUAUUCUGACAUAAAACGGGAUAAGAAAAGAAUGGAACAUUUUGUGUGUUUAUGUGGUGUUUUACAUACAUUUUUGGAAGAUGUACCUAUACCAAAUUCUGCAGAGUUAAUGGGUAUUUAUGGCAGAAUUUGUAUCAACUCCUUUAAUAUACUUGACUUGGAUAUGAAUAGUAUUGGUAUUGGCAUUUAUUUGGGACCUUCUGUCAUGGAUCAUAGUUGUAAGCCUAAUGCUGUGGCUACCUUUGAAGGAGCCACUAUAAUCAUUAGAACAAUAGAAGAUCUUCCUUGUUUAGACUGGUCUCAGAUAAGAAUAUCAUAUAUUGACAUACUUAAAACAACAAAAGAUAGACGUGCAGAACUACAAAGUUCAUAUUACUUUUGGUGUAAUUGUAAAAAAUGUGAAGAACCAGAACCAAUGGCAGAGGCUGCAGCAUGUCCAAAUAAAUGCUGUACACAUCCUUGUUCCCCUAGUGCAGACAUAUGUGAGAAUUGUAAUACAAAAUUCCCAGAGGAGUUCGAAGAAACUUUUGAAGAAGUAUCUGAAUUUACUGCACAUCAUUUACAAAACAUGAAGAAUGUUGCUUAUUUGGAUAUAUGCAAAAUGUGUCUGGAAAAGCAAGAAGGUAUUUUACAUCCACUCAAUGUACAGCAUGUGCAGACUUUACAAGCUGCUUUUGAUUCUUCUAUAAGUUUACAACAUUGGGAGGAAGCUGAGUCAUAUGCUGAAAGACUUAUUAAUGGCUACUUAGCAUAUUAUGGAGAAGUUCAACCAUUGAUUGGAAUAUUAUAUCUCAUGAUAGGCAAAAUUCAGUUAUAUUUGGAAAAGCCAAAACUAGCUCUUGAAGCAUUGAAGAAAGCUAGCGCAGUACUAACAAUAACGCACGGGGAAAAGCAUGCUGUAAUGCGAGAAUAUUUGAGACCUCUUCUUUAUCAAGCUACCAUGGAAGGAGUUUAA